AGGAGGAGGAGGAAGAAGAAGGUGGGAGGUCUGCGAUCCCGACAAAGACGCGCUGACCAGGUGAACUGAACCCGAGUCAACGGCACUGGUCAUGACCACAGCUCCAUGACGACAGCUGCGAGACGGGGACAGACCGAGUGAGGAGACGUUCAGGGACGCAGGAUGGUGAGGUGUUGGAAUCGUUCAGAAAACCUUGUGGAGGAAGCGCAGUGCACGGAUGGGGCUCCAGGUGCAGCCCCCCGGUCCCAUUUCCCUCACAAAGCAGUCUGGAUUAGCCUUGCAGCCUCUCUGCUCCUGCUCGUCAUCGCCCUGGGUUUGACGGGGAAGCUCGGGCUGUCGCAACUUCACGCUCAGUCUUCACAGAUUGUGAGAAUCUCAGCUCCGGAUCAGAGUUCUGGAGUGCUCAUCAACCAAUCGGCAGUCGUCGACGCACAGAAGCACCUGGUGACCUUCACCGUGACCUCGCUGGCGAAUCAGACGUCGACGGUGCUGUUUGACAUCAAACAUGGUUUGAUAUGUUACAAACCCGUGGAGCAGAGCAGCUGCUUCCUGCGAAAGAUGGAACAGCCUGACUUUGACAACGUGCAGUCCUUCCUUCAAGACCAGACGCAUCAGCAGAGUCACGUCCAACUGUCCUGGAAUGAGACUCAGCGGAGGACAGAGUUCCUGGGGGUGCUGGCGAACAGUCAGGUGGACCUGUCCGCACUGGACGAGCCUCUGAAGUACCUGUGCCAGGACAGGUCUGUCCACUGGACCAGGAAGUCCGACGGUCCCGGUAAACAGAGGUUGGUCUAUUUCUGCAUCGACAUCUGUUUCCCCAGCAACAUCUGCGUGUCCGUCUGUUUCUACUACCUGCCCGAGUGA